AUGAACUGUUUCACUCAGGGAGAGCGCAGCACAAAACAUCUACUACGCCAAGAGGUGAAACGUUUUAUGGGCAAACUGGCAACGCCAGGGUCAUCCUCUCCAGCCUAAAUCAAGCAAACAGCAUUACCGGCAAUAUAGAAAUAAUAAUAAUAAUAAUAAUAAUAGUAAUAAUAAUAAUAAUGUCAUUUAGCUUUGAUCCAAAAUCUGCCACGGAAAGAGUAUACAUACCUAGAGCCCUUGGGGGAAGAGGACUGAUAAAUGUUUUGCGUCUUUGCAAAGAGCAAGUGUCCAAGCUUCGUCGAUAUUUUUGCAACAUCAAUUGCCAGAACAUUAGGAGCAUUACAGCUAUGGACCGCAACAUCACCCCCAUAAAUUUGGGCAGAAAUCAUGAAGCCUUAGAUCGAUCAAUACCGACGUCGUCUGACCUGCUUAAUAGAUGGAAAGAGAAUGCCCUUCACGGGAGAUAUCCUGUAACACUUGAAAAAUAUGGAAUUGAUAAAAAGUCCUCACUAUCAAUUUUUGUGAAGGGCUACCUACAUCCGGAAUCGGAGGGUUUUCUAUGUGCUAUUCAGGAUAAGGUUAUUCGAACUAGAAACUAUACUACCAUAUACUAGGCCUGAAUACACACGACGUAUGUAGAAAAUGCCAUACGCCAGGUGAAACAAUAGAACACAUUACCUCCAGCUGAAACAUGUUGGCCAAUAGUGCUUAUUUAUCCCGGCAUAAUCAAGUAGCCAAAAUAAUACACUCCACGUUAGCUCAAAAUUCUAAUCUCAUUCAGUCAACCGCGCCAUAUUAUAAAUAUACACCAUUCCCAGUACUCGAGAAUCAGUCGGCCCUAUUGUACUGGGACAGGCCAGUCAUAACCGAUAAAACAGUUGACUAUAACCGGCCAGACAUACUACUGAUCGAUAAAAAUAAACGGAAAUCAUACAUAACUGAUAUCGCAGUGCCACUCACAGCAAACGUAAUCAGAACCGAAUACACCAAGGCUGAAAAGCAUCAAAACCUUGCCAUUGAAAUCAAAAACAUUUGGAAACUAUCAGAGGUCUGCAUAAUACCAGUAGCAGUGUCUGUGGAAGGGGCAGUCUCUGUAAAUCUCCACUAUCACUUAGAGAAAAUCAAAGUUCCAGCGCAUUUUAUUGCAGUGAUGCAGAAAGCCGCAAUCUUGCAAACAUGUCACAUAGUUCGCAAAUUCUUCGCAAUAGGAUGAGGUGAUUACUUGCCCACUUUUUGACCAGAAC